AUGUUCCAUUCAAAACUCAAUGAAAAGCUUGAGGAACUGAGCACAAGGCUAGACGAGAUUGCCCUCCAAAAGAGACUGGAAAUAGAAGCAGAGCAUCUAAAGAGAAUAAGCUGUACAAAGCUUGUUCGACUUUUUGGCUCUUUUUCUGGCUCUAGCUUUAUAAUAAAUACAAGAGUUUUAAAUGAUGUAGGUGGUGAAGACAAGACAUCUUUAUGGGACUUGGUGAAGAGAGUAUGUGUGUGUUUUAACACAGAUUUUGAUUCUAUUGAGAAAGACAUGGAUGAAAACACUUCCAAUGCUCCCUCGCUGUCCAGCUCUGACUCCCUCGUUCAGAUUUUCGAAUGGACAAAAGACUCAAAUACCUGUGGAUUCGUAGUUCCAAUAAAUGAGUCAUGCAAAAGGUUACAAGUUUUGAUUAAACUGAGAAACCAACGAAAUAUUUAUAGACUGAGUCCUGCCCUUUCGUGUCUUUUCAAUAAACUCACUGAUACAAGGUAUAACAUAAUAAAGGAUAUUUACAAAUAUGUAAAUACAUAUAAGCUUAAUGACUAUGCUACUUCGAAUGUGUUCUGUGAUGAAAAUCUUGAGAAUGUAUUUAAUAUCAAAAAUUUCAAUUUCAAUAAUAUUCAAUCAAUACUUGAGCCACACUUGCAGCCAAUAUUUUACUGUGUGAUUGAUGUAGACAUUGAAUCGCUCAAGAAGAGUAAUGCAGGGACCAGUGCAGGGGAGGAGAUGAGUGAUAAUAACGUCACUAUGUGUGAUAAUAUUUGGGAUGUUGAAGUAGAGACGGAUGAUCUUACGCAGAUGCCUGUUCUAUUUCCAAAGAAUGUUCAGCUAUUAGAAAAGAAAAUCGAGGAUUUAAAGACUCUGAUAAAAAAGACAUCAGAUAGGAUUGAAGUACUGAAAGAGUUUAGCUUAGACCCAGCACAGUAUAUUAACAGGAAAAUAGCACUGGGAUCUGAGAGUAUUGGAACCAAAACAGCGUUUUACGAUGAUUUAAAUGUUCAAGCUGCACUGUUUGAAUUAAUAAAGAAAAAGGAGCAGUAA